CAGCUAUAGAGCAACAUGUUAAAGAUUCUUUCUAAAACUUUAUUGAUAUUAAUGCUUUUGACUUGCAGCUUUUUUGUCAUGUAUAACGCUGAAGCUAGAACGAAAUUAAGUAGGAAAUAUAUACCCCCUGGUAAUCCUGGUGGUGCAAAUUUUAAUGCAGAUGAGGAAUUUGCUGAGUCAUAUAAAUUAUAUAAAAAGCGUAGAGAAUUGCUGAAAAAAAAGAAGUUACAAGGUAAGGCUAAUAAAAAUUUCACUAGGGAAAGCUUAGCUCAAACACUAAAAGAAAAGAAUAUUGUUAACUCUUAUGAUGAACAUCAGGGGGCUUGUAUAGUAGAUGAUGAAGGGGAUGCCAUGGUAGAUCAACAUGGUAUUAAUCUUGCACGUUUAAAAGGUGCUGUGUUUAUAGAUCGUGAAGAAGUCCUUCGUGAUAACAAUGAGCAAAAUAGGCCCAAAAAGUUUUCUGCAAUACAAGAAAAAAAGAUUUCUCCCGUUAGUGUUACUAUACAGGAUACUUCAUUUGAAAAAAUGAUAUGUGCUCAUGAUGCUAUUAAUGAUUUAAAGACGAACAAUUGUUUAAGUGAUUCAACUUUGUUUGACAGUGUUAUUGAUGCAGCAGAAUAGUCUGGCAUUCUAAAUUAUAUGCUAGAUAUGGAUGAUACUCUUUAUAGGCG